CCCCUUUCAAAAAUGGCUACCGAGGAGCUUCUGCAAGAGAACCGCUCUGGGCCCCGCCUUUGAUCUCGUUGGUGGGGCUAGGGGAUGAGAACUGCACCGCGCGGGACAAGUCGCCGGCGGCGCCCGACGGAGCAGGAGAGAGAACAUGGAGCUGGAGAGGAUUGUCAGUGCAGCCCUCCUUGCCUUUGUCCAGGCGCACCUCCCAGAGGCUGACCUCAGUGGCUUGGAUGAGGUCAUCUUCUCCUAUGUGCUUGGGGUCCUGGAGGACUUGGGCCCCACAGGCCCGUCAGAGGAGAACUUUGAUAUGGACGCCUUCACUGAGAUGAUGGAAGCCUAUGUGCCUGGCUUUGCACACAUCCCAAGGGGCACAAUAGGAGACAUGAUGCAGAAGCUCUCAGGGCAACUGAGCAGUGCUAGAAACAAAGAGAACAUGCAGCCACAGAGCUCGGAGGUCCAAGGUCAGGUGCCCAUCUCCCCAGAUCCUCUGCAGCGGCCUGAAAAACUUAAAGAAGAGACUAGGUCUUCUGUUGCUGCUGGGGACAUCCAAGAUGAGGCAGCCGGCGCUGAGGAGGAGCUGCUGCCAGGGGUAGAUGUACUCCUGGAGGUCUUCCCUACCUGUUCAGUGGAGCAGGCUCAGUGGGUGCUGGCCAAAGCUCGGGGGGACUUGGAAGAAGCUGUGCAGAUGCUCGUAGAGGGGAAGGAGGAGGGGCCUCCAGCCUGGGACAGUCCCAACCAGGACCUGCCCCGGCGCCUCAGAGGCCCCCAAAAGGAUGAGUUGAAGUCCUUCAUCUUGCAGAAGUAUAUGAUGGUGGACAGUGCAGAGGAUCAGAAGAUUCACCGGCCCAUGGCUCCCAAGGAGGCUCCGAAGAAGCUGAUCCGUUACAUUGACAACCAGGUGGUGAGCACCAAAGGGGAACGAUACAAAGAUGUGCGGAACCCAGAGGCUGAGGAGAUGAAGGCCACGUACAUCAACCUCAAGCCAGCCAGAAAGUACCGUUUCCACUGAGGCAUUCGCCGGACUCUGCCUGAGCCUUUCUAGGCUCAGAUCCCAGAGGGAUGCAGGAGCCCUGCACCCCAAACAGGGCCCACCCAACUCCUAUCCCCCCUUCUCUACUACUUUCUCUACUUCUUUGCUCCAGUGUUAACCUCUUAGAGCUGCCCAUGGGCAUAGUAAAGGUGGCCCCAGGAAGGUG